ACUUAUUUAGGCUUAUUAAUAGUCAAAUCUUUAAACAUGAAAAUAUUUGUAAUAUUUAAAUAUAAGUAGAUUGAGGAACCAAAGCAAAAGCAAAUCCUAUUAUGAACAUUUAUGCUGAUUAAUAAUAAUCAUAUCUUAAACAGAACUUAGAUUUAAUAGUAUAAUAAACAAAGGAUAAAACCAAAUCCUGUUGGGAAAAGAAAAAUUUCCACCUUCCCAUCACCUUCCUUUGGUAUAAAUAAACCCCACAAAACCCAUCGAACCUCGCCAUAGGGUAUAUUUAUACAAGUCACAAUGGAGGUAAUUACUUGCUUGGACUGCAAGAAACGAACCGAUACGGUUAUCGACUAUCGAUCUGGGGAUACAAUCUGCACAGAAUGUGGUUUAAUCCUUGAUUCCCACUAUAUUGUCGACUCUUUUGACCGAAAUAUCUCACAUAUGACUCCUCCUUCCAUCAGGACCAAACACAAGUUGGACACAAACGUUCUCAAGAACCCUAACCCUAAAGACAAAGCCUCCUACACAAGCUCCAGGGUCUCAUCACCAUCUUGCUCCAGUCAUAAAGCUCUGCUAGAAGGCCAUCACGCGAGGUUGAUCGAGGAGCUAAGUUUCAAAAAAAACAGGCCAAUUUGAUUGUCGUUUUUUGUUAUUAUAUAUUCAUUAUUGUUUGUAUAUUUAAUUUAGAUUUAUUUAAGUGUUCGUGAGAUUUGAUUGCCUUGCAGUUUUCAAUGAUCUACCAUGUCUUUGGAGCCGACAAUGGAGUCUCUUGGAGAUAUCUCAGUGGCUGCAUAAGUCGCGGAGCCUGAGGAUCAGCAAACCCUGUAAUCAGCGUAAACCAGGAACUAAUUUGCUAAUUUCAUAUAACUUCAUGUGUGUUUUGUCAAGUUCCUAUAGAGACAAGAGACCAUCUGACCAUCUGUUCCUUCUCUGUCCUUUUUCUCUGUCUUUUUUCGGCUGAAGUCGCGGUAUCAUGAAAAUCUAAGUCGCGGUAUCACAACCAGCUUCUCUGCAAUCCUAAUACAGGACUCGGUAUCAAGCAAACUAGAAGACGGACUACGUCUUUGGUUUGGCGCACCAAGCAACUAAACCUCACUCUGUUAUUACAUUGGUCUUCUCUUUCAAGUUUGGCAAAAGGUUGCAUAUAAUUACUUUGUAGACUUUCUGGGCAAUCAAUCAAAGAGUUAUUUAUUAAUUAAUGUGUGGUUGAAAAAAAAAAAAAAAAAAUUUUACAUUCGUUCAUUCAAAAAAAUAUAUAUAUCAUAUAAGUUAGGAAAUUUCUUACAUCUUAUUUUGUUCUAUACAAAUUGGUGUUUCAUAAAAACAUAACAAUUUACAUUUAUUGUAUAAUUGAUAAAAUAUAUCUAACACUAAAAAUCAUGACAUGUAUCAAUCAAUUUAUAAAAGUAAUAUAAAGAAAAAAAUAAAAAUAAAAAUUAAAAAGGUUAUAUGUAGAUUUUUUUCAUAAUCGUUGGACUAACUUUGGAAUGAACAAACCUACUAUGGGUAAAACUUCUGAGCCGAAGUUCAAGUGGCCAAGUGAAUCACACGGAUUGUUUGCACAAUGCAGAAAGAGGAAUUAACCAAACCCGGUAUGAUGAUGACAAGUUUACAUUAUUUACCCUAAAAUCGAGACACUGUUCCAUGAAGAAGCUUGGGUUAAGAAAAUUUCAAUUUGUUGUUCUUACUUUAGUUUGUUCUAAGAAAUAAAAUAAAGACAUACAUAGAAAAGAGGGAAAGCACCAUGCGCAUCCUUUAUCUUAUAAAUCACAAAUCACUUGUCCAAUUAAAACUUGCCACAUAGAUUUUAGACAAUUAAUAAAAAUCAAUUAAAAUAAAUACAACAAGAAAAAAAAAGAAAAAUAUACACGAACCCUAUCGACAAUUUCUCAGAACUGCUCACCCACAAUCCACGAUCCUUCUUCUUCGCCCACGAUCUCAACCUUCUUAUACUCCCACAAACAUCAGAAAAUCUCUGAUUCGAUCCCAUACAAAAUGUGAUUCUCCACUUCCUCGGCUUCCCUAACUUUCGUUUAUACAGGGUGAGAAGAACAUGAAGUGUCGAAGAUGAUAGAAUCAAAAGUCAAAACAAAAUUAACAAAGUAUCCAGACCACACAGUGAUCUGACUAGUCCACUGGGCCUAAGCCCACGUCACAUGGAUUUUUAAGCCUCCACUUAAGAGCCCCCUGAUAAACUGGUGGUCUGGGGCGCCUGAGCAAGUCCGCAUGUAAAUUCCCAGGUGGCCACAGGAGUGAGAGAGCGAAACUGCAUCCGGGGAAGAUCGAUCCCUGGCCUAGACCAACAGGGCGAUCCUUCCAACCAAACGAGAACCACUCGCCCACCACCAUGUGGUUCUAAUGAUAAUCUCUAACACUAUUUUAAAUUUAUAUUUAAUUAAAUAUCAAAUGUGUAGUUGAUCUAACUAGACUCUUUGUCUUUUUACUAUUUGAAUCAUGCCUGUUUCCUUAUCGCAAACUAUCAAUAUAUCAUUAAUCUAAAUUUCAAAACAAUGAAUUUUAACUUUAUAAAAAAAUAAUUCACU